AUGUCUCUUCCCAAGACCUACACCUCGCUGCGUCGCUCUGCCGAGCCCGCACCUUACGCCUUGGUCCCUACCACCGAGACCAUCCCGUCAGAAUUAGGCACUCACGAUGUCCUAGUCAAGAUUCACGCAGUCUCACUCAAUUUCCGCGACGUUAUGCAGCAGCGCGGGCUUGAUCCGUACGGAGUCCUAAGCCAAGGCAUCCCGGCGUCUGACGCUGCCGGAGAGGUCGCCGGCAUUGGCUCCGGCGUCAAGGACUUCAAGAUUGGUGACCGCGUGUCUCCCAGCUUUUUCAACAACCGCUUCACCGAUGAUGACAUCGCCCCGCCGGUGGGACUGGGUGGGGGCGCUCUCGGUGUCCUGACCGAGUACGGCGUGUUUGAGGACAGAACCUUGGUUCAUCUGCCUGCACAACUGUCCUGGGAGGAGGCUGCUACCAUUCCUUGCGCCGGUGUUACUGCAUUCAACGCUGUCAACCAACUGCGAGGAUUUACCGACAACAGCACUGUUCUACUCGAGGGAACCGGAGGAGUCAGUUCCUUUGCAAUGCACCUCCUAGUGGCUGCAGGUGUCCAUGUCAUUGUAACCUCCUCUUCGGAUGAGAAGCUUGCUUCCUACACGAAAAUUAGCCCCUUGAUCAAAGGCAUCAACUACAAGCAACACGCCGAUAUUGCUCAAGAGGUUAAGAGACUUACUGAUGGCAAGGGGGUAAACCUCGUUAUCAACACUGUCGGGGAGUCGUCCAUUCCCUCCUGCGUUGAGUCACUUGCUGAAAGGGGCGUGAUCUCCCUGGUCGGCGCUCUCGGGGGAAUGGGCGAGAAGCUGAAGGCAGGCACCCUUCUGAACCUGAUGUUCAAGCGUGGCACUAUCCAGGGCGUUGCUGUUGGGACCACUGAGGACCAUCGAAAGCUCAACGAGUUCAUUGGACAGAAGGAUAUCAAGCUGAGCGCCCUCGUUGACAAGGUUUUUGCCUUCAAGGAAGCACAGAAGGCGUACGACUAUCUUGGCGCUGGAAAGCAUGUUGGCAAGGUCAUUAUCACGGUCUAA